AUGAGCCAGACGCACGGGAGCAAAGGAAGACAUCAACCAGGUGUGAAGAGAGCCUGCAACGACUGCAGGCAGCAAAAGUUACGGUGCAAUGUUAUUGCUGGCCCUGGAGACUACUACAAACCGUGCGAUCGAUGUAUUAAGCACAACCUCAAGUGCAGCAUCGACAAUGACUUCAAGAGAUUGGGCAAGCGUGCGGCGCAUGAAGAGAUGGUCAGGGAGCUGGAGUCAUGCAGAGCAAGGCUGGCACAAUACGAGAGCUUGGGUAUACAACUUCCAGCCGAGACUCCACGACCGACCUCUCAAUACGGUGCGAGCUACGAAACUUCUCCAGCUGCCGGAGCACCCGUCGCACCGAUGUCUGCCGCUGCUGGCAACGCCUUUCUCGGAGCGAGCGAAGCGGCAGCAUCUAGAAGUCUGCUGGACCUGAGUCAAGGUUACCGCGAACUGGCACCGACGAGCUAUCCGUCCAUAACUCCUGGCACAUCGCAUACGACGCUCGGAAAUGUGACUCUGUCAGAACCGCAGCUUCUGGAGUUGUACGGCAUCUACUUCCGCUCGUAUCACCCCUUCCUGCCGCUGCUCAACGCGGCCACUUCUUACAAAGAGUACUACAGCGAGCAUCCUUUGCUGCAUUGGACGAUUAUAUCUAUUGCUGCUCGACGCUACGAUGCGAAGCCCGGUCUAUUCAUGGAAUUGCAACGACCUCUGGAGGAGAUCCUCUGGACGACGUUGUCUCAGGUCCCUCAAACGUACCAUGUCUGCAAGGCUUUGGCGCUGCUAUGCACAUGGCCUCUGCCGACAUCUUCAACCUCGCAAGAGCCCACUAUGAUGCUAUGCGGUGUCAUGUUCCAGCUUGCAAUGCAAUAUGGUCUGCAUAGACCGUCGCAUGCGCAAGACUUUAGCCGCUUCCGUAUUGAUCUCCGCGACGAAGACAUCUCCGACAGACUGAAUACAUGGGCGACCAUCAAUAUUGUCGCUCAGAACGUCAGCACUGGUAACGGCCAACCUCCACUUGCUCGCUGGGCAUGGUUUACAUACGGACUGCAUCUGGACAGCAUGAAGAAGGAGCUCCAGGUUCGAUGUCAAGUAGAGAAGUUCUGCGACACAGUGACCCGAACCCUGUUCACUAUGCAGCGAGACCACGUUGUAGAAGUGGACCAGGCUCAGCGUGGUCUUCAGAUUGACAUGUACGCUCGAGAGCUUGGAGAGCUGGAAGUCACUGUGCUUUCGACAAACACUUCUCCCGUCCAAGUACUGUUUCUCAAGGCCGCUGCCUUACAUCUCCGUCUAGCCGCCUUCUUCGACAAGACCACAUCGCCAAACUACCAAGCCGAUUUGCGGAACGUCUACAUCGCAGCUUCGGCACUUCUUUCUCACACAAGCGACAUGCCAGCCGAGCAAUUCACCUAUGUGCCGCGAUAUAUCGAACAGAUGAUGCUCGCCGCGUCUGUAACGCUGCUCAAAAUCCUCAAUUCCUUCUACGCCGUCCAUGUCGAUACUGUACACGGCAGAACCCUCUUCUUUCGCACAAUUACGAGUCUCCGCAAGUUGAGCGUACGCUCCAACGACCUUCCUCAACGCCUGGCCGAAGUCAUGGCGCAACUGUGGCAGACCAGCGGUGCCGCGGACCACGGCGCGGUCAAGAGAGAAGAAACCGGCACUUUGGUACCAGAUGACAGUCUGCAACUCAAAGUCCGCUGUCGCUCUUCACUAUCCGUCCUAUACGAUGCCAUUUGGCGAUGGCGAGAGCGUGCUGGUCAGGCUGGUCGUGAGAGCCUGAUCACGGCAGACACCAAUCCCACCGCCCUACCAACGGACGCAACUGCUUCCCGCAACACACCGCAGCCACCGAGUGGCCUCGGAGGUCCAAUGGCUCCAAGUCAUGGCUUGCCCGACGUGUCCGGCACCGAUUUCGAGGCUGCGUCGUGGGAUGCGACCUUCGGCGGCAAUGCCGUCUUUGACACCCUUAGCUGGGCUCUAGACGGCAAUCUCGGGCUCACUGGUCAGGGACUGUUCGGUGGAACGGAUACUCUCGGUCUUCCCUGGCAGGGAUAG